GACAAGUGACGUCACGGGGAAGAAAAGAGAAAGCUGUGGAUUGACGGUACUUAUUUUCUCUUAAUUUUCAACCACUUACUGAAGUUGUGACGACCAGGAGCUUUAAUUGUGAAGUGUCAUAUAAGGAAAAAGAAGUUCACAAUUACACUAAGCAAUACUUUCAUAAUGAAUGGUUUAUCAUUUAGCGAACUUUGUUGUCUAUUUUGCUGUCCUCCGUGUCCAUCCAGAAUUGCAGCCAAACUAGCAUUUUUACCACCUGAACCUACCUAUUCUUUCGUAUCGGACGAAGCAGGUUCUAAAUACAGCUUGCAUCUAACAGAAAAAUCAGAAUGGCAGUAUUCACAGAGAGAACUAGAUUGUAUAGAAGUUUUUAUGACUCGCACAUCAAAGGGAAAUAGAGUAGGUUGUAUGUUUGUAAGAACAUCUCCAAACGCCAAAUACACUAUUUUGUUUAGUCAUGGAAACGCCGUAGAUUUAGGACAGAUGAGUUCUUUCUACAUUGGCCUAGGAUCCAGAAUAAACUGCAAUAUCUUCAGCUAUGAUUACUCAGGGUAUGGUAUGAGUAGUGGGAAACCGUCAGAGAAAAACUUGUACUCUGACAUUGAUGCAGCUUGGCAGGCACUUCGAACGAGAUAUGGAAUCAGUCCAGAGCAUAUUAUAUUGUACGGGCAGAGCAUCGGCACAGUACCAACAGUUGAUCUGGCAUCACGAUAUGAAGUGGGUGCCGUCAUUCUUCAUUCCCCACUGACAUCUGGCAUGAGAGUGGCAUUCCCUGAGACCAAGAGAACAUGGUUCUUUGAUGCAUUCCCUAGCAUUGACAAAGUUCCAAAGAUCGUCUCUCCCGUCCUUGUGAUCCAUGGCACAGAGGAUGAAGUUAUAGAUUUUUCUCAUGGCCUGGCUAUCUAUGAGCGCUGUCCAAGAGCCGUGGAGCCACUCUGGGUAGAAGGCGCCGGUCACAAUGAUGUAGAACUCUAUGGCCAAUACUUAGAGAGGCUUAAGCAGUUUGUUAGUGUAGAUCUUGCUGUCAACUGAUUCCUGUGUGUACAUGUGGGAGUCACAUGAAGAUCAUCUGGGCUAGCAUAAAUUAUAUGAAGUUAAAGAUCUAUUUUAGAUAUUUCAAAGCUGUUGAACAGUGAUUUAGUUUGUGUGUAUGUGUGCCCAGAGACAAAUGUGGGCAACCUUUAUAUGUCGGUAGGCAUUGCAUGUCUUCACAUGCUGGUAUUCAUAACUUUGAUCCUACUGUUCAGUAUUCAGAACAAGAAGCAAGAGGGGCUUGUGGAUUUUGGGACAAUUGAAUCCCCAUCAUUUUAAUGUUGAGUAAGAUAAUUGCGAGUUUUAUGGGGUAAAAAUUUUGUCUAUAAGAUGUUUUGCAGUUAAGUGUUUGCAGGGAGUUGAAUUUUAAUGAAAAAUUACUCUUAACUGGUGUAAGAACAACAGCACUAUGGAGUUCCUAUUCAGAAUAGAAUUUAAGUUUUCUUUAUUUUCAAACAGUUACUUGUCUUAAUAUGUAUCACAUUUCAUACAAUACUCCAAAAAUCUUUUUGUGUAUUUAUUUAUUAUGUCAAAAGUUCUGUACAAUGUAAUAUUUUGCUUGUAGGAUAUUUUGCUUAGCAAUGUCUUGUUUGAUAUAAGAUUGCUGAAUUUAUAACUCUUCCAGAAUUUGGAAGAAAAUGAAGCAAUUUUUAAAGUACAUGUACAUUCCCAAGUAAUGAUUUUCUUACAUACAACUUUCACUUUAAGUGUUCAAUUUAUUCUUUGGCUUUUGGUAUAUACCUAUAAAAUUUUGCCUGAACAUUGCAGUUCCUUGUUAAAGCAUCCUGUAAGCAUAUGUACAAAGUAAUAAUAUUUCAUAAUAUUGGCUUGGUAACAGAAGGUAAUUGAAGGUAGUGUUAAAAGGUUGCUCUACACUUGAAUCCAUAAUCCCAAGUUCUCAGGAUACUGCUAAUCCCUUCUUGUGCACUGCUAAAAUUCAAUUAAUGAUCUGAUGUGAAUCCAAUUAUCUGAUUGAUGCACAACUACUGUGAUUUCCUUCCAAUGAAGAUGUAACCUAAUUAAACGUGGUGGUUCCUGUCAAGUAGGAUUGAUAUAGAUUGGAUAAUCUAUUCCAGUAUGGUAGAUUCUGUAAGCUCUCAGACUUUACUUAAUGCAGUCAUAUAUUGUAAUUGUAUCUGAAAUGACUGAAUUUCAUUAAUAUUUUUUUUUUUCAAAAAUGUUAAAAUUGUGCUAUUUUCUUGUAGUAAGGCGACCUAUUUUACAUUUGAUGGUUUACAAAUAGUUUGGUAGACAGUAGGGAAUCAAAAUUGAAUUGAAGUAUCCUGGCCACAACCUAAUCUCAAAGGUGACAACUUCUGUGACCUUACAUUUGGGAAUGCUUUCUUUUGUUUGUCUAUUUAUCACUUCACAAAGAUAGCUCUUCUGCAGACAUUUUGUUACUUGUUUGGUGGUUGCUUUUUCUUAUAUAAAACAUUUAUCGCUUCUCCUUUCUGGGCACAAUUUUUGGCCACUUAAUAAAAUAUGCUGUCUUGAGGCACAGUUACUUAGAUCUGUAAUGCAUUAAUGAUAAAAUCAUCAAAGUGUCUUAUAUUUCUUAAAAAGGCAACUGAAUGCUCUUUUUGAAGGGGGCAGCAAAUGGUAGACUUGGGAUUUUUUUUUUUUUUUUUUUUUUUUAGUGAUGUUCAUUGCUAAAAAGAGAUCCAUGUGUACAUUGUGCAAACAUAUGUAUUAAAAUGCCAGUAAGACCCAUUCUGUUAUUGUAGAGGCUCACUUUAUUAUAUUUUGCCACCUUGUCGACUACAUGAGGUUCUUUUUCUACAGUAAGUGGGAAAUAGUUUUAAGUGAAAAUCUCUGAGGAUGGUGUAACAGCUGGGCUCAAAGAAUUCACUUUCACAUUAGAGGGAGUGUAAGCUUUUGCUGCCACAUGAAAUGAAUCUCUUCAUACUCAGUAUGGUGCAGAAAUAUUGCCAGAGAUAAAGGCAUACCAACUAUAUAGUACAAGUUGACUCAGCUUGAUUGUCAAGUUCAAUAUUUCCGUGCAAAUAUGAAAAGGAAAGUCAUGUAAUAUACAUGUCACUUUCAAGUGUACGGUGAUGUUAAUUCUUUCCAAUUGGGUCACUUUUCUUAUCUGUGCAAUUUAGUUUUGUACAAGUAUGUCUUGCCUUAAAAAUCAUUAGUUAAUUGAUCCAAGCUUGCUCUGGAUAUGUUUGCCCCACUGGACGUCUGUUUAGCAUUAUACAAUAUAUACUCCCAAAUUAUCUAUACUGAAACAAUUUACUGCAUUAUUAAGCUAUAUUGAUUUGUCAUUGGUGUGAGGACUAUUGGAAGCUUUCUAUACACCUGAAACUGCAUCUUUGGAAAAAUAAUCAUCUGUAGUAUUUUAUUAUGCCAGUAGCAGGUGUUCAAGGUUAUGUUCUCAUAUUUAUGUUAGGGGGAAAUGUCUGUUACUUGUGCUAAAGGGUGGUGGCCUAGUCAGUGAGAAAUUAGACUUUCAUUGGAGUUUUUCUUUUGUUUUCCUUCAUUAAAUUAUUGUAUAUAAUUCAAAUACCUUUUAAUUAUAGCACCCAUGUUCUUGUUAUAAACAUAAACCAGAUACAAUUAUUAUUUUUUUCAACAGUUAAUCAAUUUGAUCUGAAGAAGUUGUAAUUUGAGCUCACAUAGCAUAGAUUUUUAUAAAUAUAAAUUCUUUUUGGAAAUGGUCAACAUGUGAAAUAGAUAAAUGUUUUGCAUGCAUUGCAACGAUUAUUGAAAAGAAGGAAGUAGUUAAACUGUUGUAUUGUACAGCAUGUAGAUAAAUUGGAUAGCUAUGUAUUCGAUAAUACAGGAACCAUAGUCAUUAAAUGAGAAACAUGCAGCAGUGUUGAUGUCUACAUACACACAUGUAUUAUGUAAUAUAUAUAUACACACAUACAUAUAUUAUAAGAUAUAAACUCUAUAAUAAGUCUGAGUAUUUAUACUUUGAAAUAUUGUUUCAAACCACUUGUCAUAAAAUAAAUGCACCUUAUUGAA